GAUCAUGGGUUCUUCUUCUAGAAAUCUCUAUGCAAGAAUUGGAGAAGGUUAAUCAACCUCUAGGCCACCACUCUUUGAUGGCACCAACUACUCUUAUUGGAAGGAACGGAUGAGAAUCUAUAUUCGUUCCACCAACUUCCAAUUGUGGUUGGUGAUCAAAAAUGGCGAAGAAACCCCUAUGAAGAAAGUGGGAGACACCACGGUCCCAAAGACCAAAAACGAAUUUGAUGCCGAGGACAUCAAGAAGAUUGAAAACUAUGCAAAGGCCAUCAAUAUGCUAUAUUGCGCGGUCAACCCUGAUGACUACCGAAAGAUCUCCUGUUGCACAACCGCCAAGGAGAUGUGGGACAAGCUUGAGGUGACGUACGAAGGUACCGAUAAAGUUCGCGAAGCCAAGAUCGACUUUCUCACCCAAGAGUACGAAAUGUUCCGGAUGAAAGAAGGUGAGAAAAUUGAUGACAUGUUCGACCGGUUCUCAAAGAUCAUCAACGAUCUUCAUGCUCUCAAAAAGACUUACACAAACAAGGAUCUCGUAAGGAAAAUUCUGCGGAGCCUCACACCCGAAUGGAGGUCCAAAGCCGAUGCAAUCUAUGAAUCCAUUGGAGUCUCCAACGUCACCAUCGACGGGCUAAGAGGUAACCUUAAAACCUAUGAAUCUACUAUUCUAACCCCGUCUUUGGAUGAACAAAAGAAAAAGGGGAUAGCUCUCAAAGCUACCAAGGAACCGGUGGAAGAGGCUUCAAGCGAUGACGACAAUGAAUUCGGGCUCGUCAUCAAGAAGUUCCACAAGUUCAUGAACAAGGAAUUUGAGCGGAAGGGAAGGAAGCACGACGGUCCUCCCAAGUGUUACGGCUAUGGCGAGAUUGGCCACAUCAAGCCAAGGUGUCCAAAGGCCAAACACGGCAAGGAUAAGCCUGGCUUCAAGAAGCAAAGGGCCUACAUCUCUUGGGGUGGCGAUUCCGGCGAUGAAUCAACCGACCAAGAGGAGGACGAAGCUGCAAAUCUCUGCCUCAUGGCACACGAAGAUCAAAGCGACCACGUCCAAGAGGAGGAGCACACCCGAUUCCUCACCUUUUUCUCUAAACGGGUUGUGGCUCCCCCACGGAUCAUCCCGGAACGCUACCCGGAGCUGCAGGGCUACGACGACCUUGACGUACAGCUUCAUAAAGCCGGUCUUUGGCCGUUCGUCUCCCGGGCGCGCAAGGAGAUCAACCCGGCGCUGAUUCGGGCCUUCUACUCCAACCUCUGGCGUGAGGACGACGUGCUCUACUCGCUCGUCGAGAGCACGCCGAUCGAGCUCACCGUGGAGCAGCUUGGGCGCAUCGCCGGCCUCCCCUUCCAAGGCGACGAUGUGUCUCACUAUGGUGGAGAGGAUUGGGUGCUUAACAACGAGGGCCUUAUCCUCAACGAGCUUGGCAUCACCGAGCUCAAACGCCAUGCCUCGGGCCGCCCAACCAUUCACUCCGCCAACCCCGAAGGCCGUCUCGUUCUCUACAUCGUCUCCCGGAUCAUCAAACCCAGGAAGCACGGCCACACCAUCAUGCACGGUGAAGACCUCAAGCUCAUCCAUGCGAUCAUGCAUACGGCCCCAAUCAAUUGGGCAAAGUUUGUCAUGAUCAACAUGACGAUUGUCGCGUCCACCGAGCACGACCACCUCCUCCCGUACCCGUUUUUGGUGAUGGACAUCCUUGAACGGUUCAAGGUAACCACAACCGUUGGCCCGCUCACGAAGGCCACGAAGAUUUGGACAAUCAGCAACCAAACCUUCAUCAAGCGGUCGGACAACGCCGCGGCUGCUACUGCCGAGCCACGCCGCACUGCCCCUGCCGCUGGCCCAGCCGAACCCCAGGCCCGGGCCAACCUAGCCUCCAUCACCGACUCCCUCAACCGGCUACACCUCAAAGUUGACGGGAUGGAUGGCUACCUUGAACGGCUCGACGAGGCGGUCCAACGCCAAGGGUAUGCCAUGAACGCGUACUUCCAACGCGUUAACUACGUCCCCCCACCGUACCAUGGCACGUUCUUUGGACAAGUGUACGGUGACGAGGACGAAGACAAUGCCUCCUAUGCCCCGUCAAGCUCCCCGAAUGACGACGAGUUCGAUGACGCCAUUGAUAGUGAUGAGAUGGACGUCGACGACGACGAGGACGAAACCGAAGACGAAAACUAGGACACCCCUAGAAUUUCUAUCUCUUUUCCUUUAAUUGUCUUGUUUUUUUUAAUGCUUCCGUUGUACUCCGCUAUUUCCCAUUAAUAAAUAAAAGUAUCUUUUAUCUUUUUGUUAAUGUCAAAAGGGGGAAGAAAAGGGCUAUGCAUAU